AUGUCUUUUCCUAGGAUCUUCACUUUGAAUAAUGGCCGAAAGGUUCCCGCGGUUGGCUUCGGAACUUUCCAGGGAACCGAGGGCAACUCCAAGGUCAAGGAUGCCGUGAAGCUGGCGCUGAGUCUCGGUUACAGGCACAUUGAUGGGGCCAACGCAUACGGCAACGAGAAAGACAUUGGCGAAGCUAUCAAAGAAAGCGGAAUUCCGAGGGAAGAGAUGUUUGUGACGUCUAAGCUCGCCCAAACCUGGCAUGAGCCUGCCGACGUUGAGAGAGCUCUUGAAGCCUCUCUACGUGACCUUCAACUGGAUUAUGUUGACCUAUAUCUAAUGCAUUUUCCUCAUGCCUACAAAGCCGGCGAAAAUAACAAUACCACCAGGCACCCGAGUGGCAAUGGAAAGCCUGUUAUUGAUUACGACCUCUCUCGGCGGUAUCCGGAAACAUGGCAAGCGAUGGAAAAGCUCGUCGACUCGGGCAAGGCUCGAUCUAUCGGUGAGUCAUACACAUUCUCGUGA